AUGCCGACCCGCUUUAAGAAGACACGCCACCAGCGUGGCUCGACAUUCUGCGGCUAUGGUCGCGUCGGCAAGCACCGCAAGCACCCUUCCGGUCGUGGUAACGCCGGUGGCGAGCACCAUCACCGCAUCAACUUCAGGAAGUACCACCCCGGCUACUUUGGCAAGUGUGGGAUGAAUCACUACCACAAGAAGAAGAACACGACAUGGAAGCCAACAAUCAACCUGGACAAUCUGACGAAGCUGAUGGCGAAGGACGAGGCCAUGAAGGCCAAGAAGGGUGAAGCCCUCCCCGUCAUUGACCUACUAGCCAACGGCUAUUCGAAGCUGCUUGGUAACGGCCACUUGCAGGCACCGUGCAUUGUGAAGGCCCGUUGGGUGAGCAAGCUUGCCGACAAGAAGAUCCGCAAGGCUGGUGGUGCUGUGGUGCUACAGGCGUGA